GAGAGAGAAAACAUCAUUAGCAGCCAUAUAGCAGCGUGUACGUGUGCCUAACACAUAUCUACUUCUGCUAUACAACGACUACAUGCUUUCCAACAAGACUGAAGGACCGCGUCGAGGACGGUCUUUUGAUUCCAUCAAUAAAUUUUACGAAGAGAAGCAAUUCAACAACGAAAUGAACAAAACUUGUUAUAAAAUGGACGAGAGCAAAGACAAGAUUCUUUCCUCAAAGAAGGAACAUGCUGCAAUUGUCUUUUCUCUUAAGAAUGAAGUUGGAGGUCUUGUGAAGGCAUUGAAACUAUUUCAGGACAAUCAUGUAAAACUUUUGCAUAUCGAGUCUCGUAAGUCCCGACGACGUAACUCAGAGUUGGAGGUGCUGGUUGACUGUGACAGUGAUAGAGAAACUCUAAAGGAAAUCGUUCAUCUACUUCGCAAGCAAACAAGUAUCAUAGCCAUGGAAUCACAUGAUGAAUUCAGCACUCCUGCAAAUGAUUUUGCUGAGGUGCCUUGGUUCCCCAAGAAUAUAUCAGACCUGGAUAAGAGUGCCAGUCGUGUUCUGAUGUAUGGAUCAGAUCUGGAUGCUGAUCAUCCGGGAUUCAAAGACAAUGUUUACCGUAAGAGAAGAAAAUAUUUUGCAGAUCUUGCCAUGAGUUACAAACAUGGUGAUCCCAUACCACGUGUGGAGUUCACAGAAGAAGAGGUGAAGACAUGGGGUGUAGUGUUUCGGGAGUUAAACAAACUGUACCCCUCACAUGCCUGCAAAGAGUAUGUCCGCAAUUUGCCCCUACUCACCCAAUUCUGUGGAUACAGAGAGGACAACAUACCACAGCUGGAGGAUGUGUCCAGCUUCUUAAAAGAGCGAACUGGCUUUACCAUUCGCCCUGUUGCUGGGUAUCUGUCACCAAGGGAUUUUCUGGCUGGAUUGGCCUUCAGAGUCUUUCAUUGCACACAAUAUGUGCGUCACAGCUCAGACCCGCUGUACACUCCCGAGCCGGAUACCUGUCAUGAGUUGCUGGGGCACGUUCCUCUGCUGGCUGAACCCAGUUUUGCACAGUUCUCACAGGAAUUAGGACUGGCUUCUCUCGGGGCGUCUGAUGAUUCUGUGCAGAAACUGGCAACAUGUUAUUUCUUCACGGUGGAGUUUGGACUGUGCAAGCAGGAGGGGAAACUCAGAGCAUAUGGUGCUGGUCUUCUCUCUUCCAUCAGUGAACUAAAGCACUCACUCUCAGACAAUGCUAAAAUCUUGACGUUCGACCCCAAGAUUACCUGUAAUCAGGAGUGUCUCAUCACUACCUUUCAAGAUGUUUACUUUGUUUCUGAGAGCUUUGAGGAAGCCAAAGUCAGAAUGCGCGAGUUUGCAAAAAUGAUCCAGCGUCCGUUUUCCCUGCAUUAUAACCCAUACACACAGAGUGUGACUGUACUGAAGGACAUGCCUAGUAUUAACGGUGUUGUCGAAGAGCUCAGACACGAGCUGGACAUUGUAGGAGAUGCUCUCUGUCGACUCAGUGCACACCUUGGUGUUUAAGAAUCUGAUCGCUGUAACUCAUAUUAAUACACUAGCACUUAUUUUGAUAUCACUUAUAUCAGAGCACAUUGUGCACAGCAGUCUUAACACCAUUAACCCAGCAUUCAACACUAACAUACCUGAAGAGACAUCAAUUUUUUUUCGAAAAAUUAUCAAAUACCA